CUCUGUCUAUGUGUCAUCAUCCUUCCCAGCAGGAUCCCCAGACCUUCACUCAGUCGUCCAUACCCGUGUGGAGAGGAGUAGAGUUUUCCUCCCUGGAGCAGGAUCGACAGCAGGCCUCCGCCUUCACAAGCUCUGGUGUGAUACUUGCUGUGUCUUCGCAGCAGAGACGAACGUGAGGAUCCGACCAUGAGGAGUGGAGCUGGCCUGUGUGUGCUGGGCCUGCUGGGCCUGCUGUGCCUCCACAGCUCCGUGUUCGGGCAGGCGCCAGAGGAGGUGCAGCCGGGCAUCCUGUUGUUCUGCGACAGCCCGAUGGUGGAGAAGGUCGUCAGCAGCGCCGUGGACAAGUUCAACGAGAGGCUGAGCUCUGGGAAAAAACUGGCUCUCUAUCAGAUUCUAUCAGCCGUCAAGUCAGAGAACGACACAGGCUCCAUGUACUCACUGCAGUUCACCACCAGGAGGAGUGACUGUUCGGCCGGCAGCAACAAGCCCUGGACAGACUGUGACUAUCUGUCCUCUGGACACAAGAAUCCGACUUUAUGCAACGCCACGGUUCUGCUGACAGAGACAGAAGCAGACACUCUGCAGGUGGACUGUCAGAUCGACAGUUUCAUCGUUCCAGAGAAAGCUUCCUGUCUGGGCUGCCCCGAGGAGAUCGAUGAGAACUCAGAGGACGUCAAAGCCCCCAUCUCUGCCUCCAUCGCCAAGUUCAACUCCAUCUCCGACUCUACUCACCUGUUCACCCUGAACAGCGUCGGCCACGCCACCCGACAGGUUAUCGCAGGUUUCAGGUUCAAGCUUAGGUUUGACAUGAAGAAAACCACCUGCACCAAGGCCGAGCACAAAGACCUCAAUGACCUGUGUGUCCCCGAUGACCAGGACGUGGAGUUCAGGAACUGUAACUCCACAGUGGAUUUCGCUCCGUGGAGACAUGAGUCCACAGAUGCAGAGCUGCAGUGUGAAGCAGGAGCUCUGCCGCCCAUGCUGUUCACCAGGCGUCGUCCCACCGGCUGGUCUCCCCUCAGGAACAUCCUGUUAGCCGUCACCUCGUCGUCGCCCACCAUCGCUCCACCCAAAGAAGACUCAUCUGAGGAGGACGUCACGGCCUUACAACCGACCGAUAUGCCAGUCAUACCUGCAGAACCUGUGAGUGACAGCCCCUUCCACUGCCCCUCCAAACCCUGGAAGACUUUCCAACCGGUGCAACUCUCCGCCACUGGAGCUCCGACCGAGGCGACCCCAGAGGAGUCCUCCCCACAGCCGUCAGAGAAUGGCUUCAGUGAUGCAGACCUGCUGGCAUAAAUAUUUCAAAAUCAUUUCCCAACUCACCCAACAGAUUGUCUUUGUUUUGAAUGAAACCUCUUCGGGGGUGUUAUGCAGAUGUUUGAGCCCUGUAGCUCCUCAGGAAAGCACUGGAUGAAUAAGGACUGAAAUGAUCACAGAGGUCUUUAUUGUCAUCAGAUACAUUGACGUGUAAGUGAGGAGGAAAACAAGAGUCAGUUUCCUGUGAGUUUACUAGAAAUACAUUCUGCAAGGAUGAUGAAAUAAAACUUCGCUCUUUGUGCUAA